AUGGGUCAAACACUUUCCGAACCAAUAACAACCAAGGAGUCUUCCGAAGGUGGAGAUGCACGCGUCAAGUAUGGAGCAUCUUGCAUGCAGGGGUGGCGAAUCAGUAUGGAAGAUGCACAUACCACCAUUCCCGAAUACAAGGACACAGGCGCAAGCUUCUUUGCUGUAUUUGAUGGUCAUGGAGGCGCUGUGGUUGCAAAGUACAGUGGCGAGCAUCUGCACGAUGUGAUAUUCGAAUCAAAGUAUUUCAAGGAAGGCAAUAUACGAGAGGCAUUGCGAAGCGGUUAUCUAGCAAUGGAUGAUGCACUGAGGAAAGAUCCUGAUCAUGAAAACGAGACCUCUGGAUGUACAGCUGUAUCCGCUUUAUUGACAAAGGACAAUGUGCUAUAUGUGAGCAACGCCGGUGAUUCGAGAGCCAUUAUCAGCAACAAUGGUCGUGCCAUUGCACUGUCUCAAGAUCACAAACCCGUCAAUGAAAAGGAAACAGCUCGAAUUGUUGAAGCAGGUGGUCAUGUCGAAUUUGGAAGAGUGAAUGGCAACCUCGCUUUAUCAAGGGCAUUGGGUGACUUUGAGUUUAAACAAAAUAAGGACUUGCCUCCCGAAAAACAAGUCGUAACAGCCGAGCCUGAUGUCACUGAACACAAAUUGACAGCCAACGAUGAAUUUGCGGUGGUAGCAUGCGAUGGUAUUUGGGAUUGUAUGACAAAUCAACAAGUCGUCGACUUUGUUCGUGGCAAACUCAAGGAAAAGGUGCCCCUGGAAACGAUUUGUGAAAACCUGAUGGAUGAGUGUUUGGCGGAUCAAUGCGAUGUUGGCGGUGUUGGAUGCGACAACAUGACCGUAAUCAUCGUGGCGUUUAUGCAAGGCAAAUCAUGGGAUGAAUGGCGUGAUUGGGUGGCUGCCAAAAUACCUGAACCCACAGGCGUCGUUCUCAAGGAAGAUAGCAGCAGCAGCAGCACGGAUGAACCAGAACCUAAAAAGCCUAGACAGGAAGAACAACAAAGUAAUGACAACAACAAAGACAAGGCUUGA